CCGACGGGGUGGAUAAGCGAGCACACCAAACAGCCUGAAAAUCGCACUCUUCCCACUCGUGUCACGGCUUUAUUGUUGAAUAUUUGUUCGAAUAAGAUCGAUCGGUCACAGGUGAUAAUCAAGCCGCUAGUGUCACUCGUAAGCUGGCGUGGAUUUGAAUGUCAGUCGGGUCAAGGUUCGCUCCUCCACGGGUGGAUAGUUCGCGUGAAAAAACGUCCAUGUGAGGAAAACACCAGCCUUUGGAUGAAUGUAUAUUAACUGGGCGUGAAGGAGUCCGCGUGGGAGCGUCGUCGUGGGAAUGAGCUGCCGCAGAAAAGGACCGCAAAGUGGACCAUGAUGACGAUGAGUGUAGCGGAGGUGUGCGAUCGUCAAGCCCGACGAGCCGUCAUGUCGGCGGUGAUGAUCACCAGGAAGGCGCGGAAAUGGGAGAAGCUGCCGGGAAAGAACACUUUCUGCUGCGAUGGGCGGGUGAUGAUGGCCCGGCAGAAGGGAGUCUUCUACCUGACCCUCUUCCUCAUCCUCGGGACCUGCGCCCUCUUCUUCGCCUUCGAAUGUCCGUACCUGGCGGUCCACCUGUCUCCCGCCAUCCCGGUCUUCGCUGUCGUGCUCUUCCUUUUCGUCAUAGCCAUGUUGCUGAGGACCAGCUUCAGUGACCCGGGGGUCCUUCCUCGAGCCCUCCCAGAGGAGGCCACGUUCAUCGAGAUGGAAAUUGAGGCCGCCAAUGGCAAUGUCCCCAGCGGCCAGCGGCCGCCGCCUCGCAUCCGCAACGUCCAGAUCAACAACCAGAUCGUCAAGCUCAAGUACUGCUACACGUGCAAGAUCUUCCGGCCGCCGCGAGCGUCCCACUGCAGCAUCUGCGACAACUGUGUUGACCGCUUUGACCACCACUGCCCGUGGGUGGGUAACUGCGUGGGCAAGAGGAACUACCGCUACUUCUACUUGUUCACGCUCUCCCUCUCGUUGCUCACCAUUUACAUCUUCACCUUUGACAUCGUCCACGUGGUCAUGCGCUCAGUGGAUGAUGGCUUUCUGAGCACGUUGAAGGAAACACCCGGAACUGUGCUGGAGUUGCUGGUGUGUUUCUUCACCCUGUGGUCAGUGGUGGGCCUGACGGGCUUCCACACCUACCUGAUCUCUCUCAACCAGACCACCAAUGAAGAUAUCAAAGGGUCUUGGUCGGGGAAGAACCGAGUGCAGAACCCCUACAGUCAUAAGAACAUCGUUAAGAACUGCUGCGAGGUGCUGUGUGGGCCGGCGUACCCCAGCGUCUUGGACAGAAGGGGGCUGAUGCAGGAGGACUCGCCGGUUGCCGCGGCGUCCGCCUUCUCUUUCAAUAACAGCAGCAACCCAGCGCUGCAAACCACUAAAACCACGGCGCCGCUCAUCCCAAACGAGCACACGCCGGAUGACGCCAAGCCGAGCGUCGCCGCCUCGGCAGAGUCCGACUCGUCCUCCCCCAAAGAGGACCGCCCCUCCUCGACCGUAGUCCCGCCUUUGGCCUCCCCCGAGGCCUACGCCGAGACCUCCGCGGUCAAGGACAAGAGCCACUAGCUGCACCAGGGGCCUCCCUCUUCAGUCCUGUACGGACGGGCACUUGAAUUAUCCCCCGCUCGAGUGACGCAUCCUCCUCGGGGAGAGGAGUGAUUUCAUGGAACGUCAGCAUCUUUGACGAAAACCCACCCGGGUCGAAGGAGUACUACUGGAGGCGGGGUAACAGUGCGCAUGACAAACCCACUCAGAUUAUUAUUGAAAACAUGAAACGUGAGCGUCUCCUAUACUCCAGGGACGACUUCUCCACUCGUGUAAAUCCUCAUCCGAGUCCAGUGUGUGCACACAUACAUACCCUAUGCAAAUCAUCGAGGCUGGGUGUAAAUAGACACACCUGUGUAGCAGUCAUACUCUAAAGGCUCCAUACAGUAUUCUGAGAAUUGCUGCAUCCAGUACUGUUACUAGCAAUUGCAAUGCCCGCCCUUCCCUUUUUGAUAUAUACAUGUACAAUACCGUAUCCUUAUAAACACGCUUUAUGCACAUGAAAUAUCAUCUCUCACCUUCACACUAAGUGCGUUCAUGAGCGUGUGACCAAACCCCCUGACUUUUGACGUUUUUAGACGCUAGUAGCAACCGUGCCUUACAAUGGACGUCAGCAAACAGUUGAAAAAAAACAAAAAACAAAAACAUUUACAGUCCGAUGUUAGAUUGAGAGUGCGUUUACACUUGUGAUGUUUGGCUAGGUUGAAAUAAGGCGUAAACACAACCGGUACGGCAAAAAAAAAAGAUGCAGGAAUGCCAAAUGUGUAAGUGAGGUCUUCCUUAAAAAGUGCUCUCUAAAAGUAUUUUUGAAAGGCUUUUGGUGAAAUCUAAAGUGGAAUGUUGGAGUUAUGUCACCAUCAAGUCCCCACUUGGUCACAAAGUAGCAGAAAACUGCGCAGCUGUUCUCCUCUUGGACUUAAGUCUGUCGCUUCCUUCAUCCAAGAUCCGCACUUUUGGGUGGAGCAACUCUUAAAUGAGGGCGUUCCCCUAUUAAAUCUGGCUUUGCACCUUUUUAUCCCAUUGACUUAAGUCAAUGUGCAAACUUUUUGACUUAGCAUUGGUCUAAUAUACAGUAUAUCUACAUGUAUGUACUGUAUGUAUAUGUGUACAGUAUGUAUAUAUAUAUGUAUGUGGAUAUGUAUGUAUGUAUACAGUAUAUAUGUAUGUAUAUAUAUAUAUAUAUAUAGGUAUGUGUAUAUAUAUAUAUAUAUAUAUACACACAUAUAUAUAUAUAUAUACACAUAUGUGAAUAUAUUAGGGCUGCAAGAACUAAUCGAUUAAAUCGAUUAUAAAAAUAGUUGGCGAUUAAUUUAGUCAUCGAUUCGUUGGAUCUAUGCUAUGCACAUGCGCAGAGGCAAUAUUUUAUUUUAUUUAGAACAUUUUUUUUAUUUUUUAUUUUUUUUAUAAACCUUUAUUUAUAAACUGCAACAUGUACAAACAGCUGAGAAACAAUAAUCAAAAUAAGUAUGGUGCCAGUAUGCUGUUUUUUUCAAUAAAAUACUGGAAAGGAUAGAAAUGUAGUUUGUUUCUUUUAUCCGAUUAUUAAUCGAAGUAAUAAUCGACAGAUUAAUCGAUUAUCAAAUU